AUGGGUAACUUCAAGAAACCGAAGAAACGAAGUGAGGUGCACGACGCGGCAGAACACUCGGUAGUAGAGAUGACCAAGAAAAAAGGAACUAGCCUUCACCAACACCCUUCAUUCGCCACCUCCGACAAAUUCACCGAGCUAGACUGUCUUUUGGGUUCAUCCUACGCAGUUUGUGGCCGUCUAGCUUUCAAGAUGGGGCUUUACCAUCUUGCUGUGACCAACUUUGCUAAGAGUCUUGAAAAAACGCCUCAUGAUGCAGGUAUAUUGGUCGAUUUUGCACGAGCCCUGGGAGGCCAGUCCAACCAAGAGAAAAUUGUCGUUUCAACUCUAGUCGAUGCUCUUCAACGCAGUAAUAACUACUCUGAUGAACGCAUAUGGGCUCAGCUAGCUCAAUCCUACUUUGUUUUACAAAAACCAGAAGACGCCUUCCAAAGUGUAUCGCGAGCUAUUGCAGCGCAUGAAACUCGUGGCACCAAAGAUGCAGAUCUCUGGGUCCUUCAAUCACGCAUACUUUUGUUGUGGAUGGACUCGGAUGGGAAAAUGAGCCUUGAGACGCUAACGCCCUAUUUUUUAGGUGCUGUACAAAUAGCAAUGGAUUCAAAAGACACGAAAAGGGAGCUACAGGCAAGAUUAUCUCUGGCGCAGCUAUAUCACCGAUUUGCAUGUUACACACAGUCUCAAACAGAGGUGUCACAGGCGUUCGACCUGAUACGAAAUUGCUCCUCUUUCGAGUUGCCCAAACCAAUCGGCGUUUUGGCGCGUUGCUACCUUUACAAUUUUCUGUGCAUCAUAAAAUUCAAGUUGAAUCAGAAGGCAGAUGCUUAUAGUGUUCUUCAUGAAGCGAUGAAUAUACUCCCGCAGGUUUCGGGAACCGCUCGCUUAUUGGCCACUUUAGCUCAAUUUUACAUGAUCGAUGGUGAUCUCGCGAAUCUCAAAUCACUCAUUCCGGCUAUGAUUUUGGAGAAAGAAUGUUUGGCGGCGAAUGACACAACCAGACUUUAUCUUUUCAGCUGGUUAUUAGGCCGGAUUUUCGACAUGCUAGAUGACACCAAACAGAGCUAUGAGUAUUACCAACUCGCAGUGAACUACAAACCUCAAUCUGCUUCCUUGUGGAUAGGAAUCGGCUCACUUUAUCUCCGGAUGGGUCAGUUUGAAGAUGCUCACAUUGCGUUUUCGCACGCUCUGAAUUACUCGUCUAAAUUGGAAAACUUUGAACAUCCUUUCCUCCUGCGAUUCAAUCGCUUAUUCGCUGCUUUUGCGUGGGUUGGCUUAUCGCAGGUGUUCAUUGGUACUUUCCGUAAACAGAACGCAUUAGAUGCCCUUAGACAGGCCUCUGUUUUGUUCACUUCCGAAGGCGACCUUAUCCAUGCCAGGCACAUCGAAAGAAUAUUCAGCGAUGUGCUAGCAUCAAGCAACGAACAUUCGGCUUACAUCAUCAUGAAUGUUCCACCUCAGAUUUUACUUGAGCUUUUUCUCUACUACGACGCAGGUGUUUUUUCGGCUGAUCUACGACCCCCGGAGGUUAGUAAGCUGACAUCUUGUGAGCCGACUCUGCAAACGAUGCCAGCUAUGGUUCGGCAUGCACCAAUUGCUGCUUCCUUAACUUACUCGCCACUACCAAAUGCACCGAAUCUUGUUCCACCACAAGUUUUCCAGGAGCUCAAUCAAAGGUGCAUGAACGCUCCGGAAACAUUCUUAGCAUACCUGCCACCGUCUGGUCUUCAAAAGUUCGCAGGACCCGCGCCAUUUAACAACAUUCAAAAUUUGCAAGGAUCUUCGGUCUAUAACUUCAAAAACGAAGCCAAACCUUUCGCAAUCUAA